AUGGGUUUAGAACAGAGGCGCAAUGGAGAUGUAGAUGCCGACACCGAUACCUUAAACCCCACACAUCCAACACUCAACACUAUCGACUUUAACCUCCAAAUUGGAGUCGAGGAGAUCCUCACCGAUGUUGAUCCCGAUGUUUCUCUAGAAUUCUUGCAAAAGGCCGAGGCCCAUUCUGGGAAGCCCCCUCCCACGCGCAUAUCGAGAGGAGCGCUCGUCAGCACGCACAACGAUUAUGUCGAGCAGCAACGAAGGUCUGGGCAGCAGAAUGGGCCACGAAUGGUGAAGAAAGUAGUCCUAGCACUGUCUUACCCGCCGUCUGUGAAGUCUGUUGAGGAUCUCUCGCCGAUGCGCCUUGACGAGCUCCUGGUGGAGAAUCGCCAUGAAGACAAGUACCUCAUCCUCAGGACAAUUGCACAGGCUUACUCGGGUGCCGGGACGAUUACCAUCGUCGAAGAUCAGCACAGCAGCGUCGACAAGAUGGCUCUUUAUAACCAGGGUAACUCUACACUCCUGCAGUCUAUCCCGGAAGGCUCAGUAGUGCUCGUGAAGGAACCGUACUAUCGAUUCAACGGCGACAACGAUUUCAUGCUUUGCAUUGACCAUCCAUCAGACAUCUUGCUUCUUCGGCAAGGUCCAGAUGAUGCAUUUAUCCCGGAGGCAUUCAGGGCGGUGCCAGAGUCCGAAAGUGCAGCGGACUGGAAGGGUACUGGGGAUCGAGCAUUCAUCUCCAAGAACCUUCCCUUAGCAGCAGCAAAUUAUACCAGAGCUCUCGAGCUAGCACCAACAGAAAACACCUCCUUUCGGGAUGAUAUUCUGUUGAAACGGGCAGGUAUCAAUCUUACCCUCAAGUGUUUUGACGGCGCGCUAUCAGAUGCCUUCUCGUCUAUAGGCGGAUCUUUAAAAUGGAAAUCACACUUCCUUGCCGGCAAGGCAGCUUAUGGACUCACUGAUUUCCACACUGGCAAGCAACACUUCGAGGCGGCUCUGGAACUUAUGCCCGAGGCCACUAGUAUUCGCAAGGAAUACGAGAGGUGCUUAGCGAGGCUCGAAGAAGAAAAAGGCAAUUAUGAUCUGGCAAGCAUGACAGCGGACGUCACCUCAAAGAACAUCCAAAUUGAUAGAGCAAGCUUCUUAUCACGGACUGAAGUCAGAGACUCACCACACCACGGUCGGGGUCUCUUCGCCGCAGAAGACAUCAAGGCCGGCGAAAUCAUCUUCGCAGAAAGAGCAACCAGCGUCCCGAACGAAUUUAACCCAGAACACAAUGCAGCCGCAGCAUAUGCCCAGCUGGUGGAGCUCUGCGCAGAUAAUCCCACUAUUCAUAACAAGGUUCUCGACCUCCACGGAGGGUCCUACAAGCGCAGCGGUCAAGAAGGCACCCUCAUCGAUGGCAAUCCUGUGAUUGACGUCUUCCUUCUCGAGUCCAUCCGCCGCAAGAACUGCUUCAGCGGCGCGCAGGUGUCGGCACAGGCCGCGAAUCCGGAGUGGGAUAUGUGGAAGCAGGGCAUGUCGCGCGGGCUCUGGGUGUACUCAGCCUACGCCAACCACGCGUGCCUUCCCAAUGCCAACAGGUCCUUCAUUGGAGAUAUGCUCAUUGCCACGGCUACUGUCGAUAUUCCCGCAGGCACGGAGAUCACGCACAUUUACCUGCCUCCCAAGGCGGCAUAUCUACUUCGCAUGCCGCAGUUCCGCCGUAGCUGGGGUUUCAUGUGUAGCUGUGCCCUUUGCGCCGGCGAAGCCAAGUCCGCAACCGAAUUGCAUCAGAAGAGGAACACUGCUCUUGCGGAGAUCGAGGCGCUAAUCAGGACAAAGCGUCCUACCAAAUUCUACCCUGAUGCGACGAUCCGGCAGGUCGAGAAACUUACAAACAAGCUCUCUGCUCUUCACGAAAAGGAAGUCUACGACAAUCUCGCUUUACCACGGUUAAUGCUCGUCUGGCCGACAAUGUGGCUCGUGGAAGUAUGGCACACAAGAAAGCAGUGGAACAAGGUCGCCAAGUGGGGGAGUGAGGUGUUUCGCAACUUUGGCUUCUUCGAGCCUGUGAGGGAUGGGAGGUUGUGGAUGUAUAAGGAUACGCAGGCGGUGACGACUUUCGAAGUUAUCAGGGCAUUGAAAUGGUCGGCUGAGGCAUACGCAGCACUUGGGGAAGAGCUGUUGGCGGGGGAUUGUCUGGAUGCUGCAAGGAUUGGGUUGAAGACGAUGGUUGGGUUUGUCACGGAUGAGACGUUUGCUGCAUUCAAGUGA